CGUUAACAGUGAUAUGUAAAUAAUAUAACAAUAAAAUGCGACUUCCGUGAACGCCAAUUACCAAAAAUUUGAGUGAAAUUUUCUAAAUUUCUCUUGUUCAUAUCUUAAUAAGACAGCAAAAACGUUUAAAAACGCUACUAGAGCAGCGACCAGUGCAAUGCCACUGGCUGAUUUGAAUAAAGACUUACGGCAGCUGGGUGUAACCAGUAACAAUAGCGCCCACAAUAAUAAUGGCACGCAGCGUAUGCAGAUUACUUCGUCUGGAUGUAGCAGCUUGGCUGUUACUCCAAUGGAACAUACGCCCACUGAUGAAGAGGGUGGCGUUACGACGGUGACGUCAUCGCAGCGCAGACAGCAACAGCAUCACCAACAACAAAAACUGCAGCAAGUGCAGCAAACAGCACUGCAGGCAGCGCUAGAGCAGCAUCACAUAUCGCCAACACCAGGUGACUCCUCAGAACUAAUGGAGUUAAGUGAUUCAGAAGGUUAUACAUGUGCUGUUGGCGAUGCCAAUUUAAGAGAAAAUGAGUUUGAGUUGCGUGAAGUCGUUAAGGAAGGUCACGACAAGGCCGACCCUUCACAGUUUGAAUUGUUACGUGUACUCGGUGAAGGUAGUUUUGGCAAAGUUUUCCUUGUGCGCAAAAUUGUUGGUAAAGAUGCGGGCACAUUGUACGCCAUGAAAGUUCUGAAAAAAGCAACCUUGAAGGUCAAGGACCGAGUACGUAGCACAAACGAGCGUAAAAUUUUAGCGGAUGUAGGUCACGCUUUCAUAGUAAAGUUACAUUAUGCCUUUCAAACUCCUGGCAAAUUGUAUUUGAUAUUAGAUUUCCUACGUGGAGGCGAUCUAUUCACACGUCUCUCUAAGGAAGUUAUGUUCACCGAGGAAGACGUCAAAUUCUAUUUAGCUGAACUCGCGCUCGCCCUGAAUCAUCUACAUACCUUGGGAAUUAUAUACAGAGAUUUGAAACCUGAAAAUAUACUACUAGAUGAGCAUGGUCACAUAGCGUUAACAGAUUUUGGACUGUCUAAGCAACCACUCGACGGUUCCAAAACGUAUAGUUUUUGUGGGACAGUAGAGUAUAUGGCACCUGAAAUAGUUAAUCGUAAAGGACAUGACUUUGCUGCAGAUUGGUGGUCUUUUGGCGUAGUUAUGUAUGAAAUGUUAACAGGUAACCUACCGUUUCAUGGCCAGACCAGGCAAGAAACAAUGAAUCAGAUAUUACGCUCCAAGUUGGGUAUGCCCGAAAAUCUGUCGCCGGAAGCACAAUCAUUAUUGCGUGCACUUUUUAAACGCAAUCCACAGAAUCGGCUUGGUGCUGGUGAACAGGGUAUCUUGGAUAUAAAGGCACAUUGUUUUUUUGAUACAAUUGAUUGGUUGGGUUUGGAACGUAAGGAUGUGCGGCCGCCAUUCAUACCAGCAGUUUCGAGGGACGAUGCAUUUUAUUUCGAUGUUGAGUACACUUCUAAAUCGCCACGUGAUUCACCUGGUGGCCCAAUAUCUGCAUCGGCACAUGAAAUAUUUCGUGGUUUCAGUUUUGUGGCACCAGUUUUGCUGGAUCAAACAUUGUCACCAAAUAAUUCAAGUGCCCACUCGCCUAUAUUACCUAUAGCGCAUACGCCACGCAGUUUACCAGGUGUGUUGCCUGGUAGCUUUCAUGCAGAUUACAAUCUACUGCAGGAACUGGGGCGUGGCACGUUUUCCGUUUGCCGUUUAUGUGAGAAUCGUUCAACGAAGAAGCAUUUUGCUGUGAAAAUUAUUGAAAAAGCAGCAGUAGUCGCAUGCUCCGCUUCGGCGGAUUGUUGGGAAGAAGUUGAGAUAUUGUUACGCUAUGGCAAUCAUCCGAAUAUUGUGACUUUGUUCUCUGUGUACGAGGACACAACGUCAGCUUAUUUGGUUAUGGAACUGUUGAAGGGAGGUGAACUGUUGGAUCGGAUUUUGGCUGUGGGACAAAUGUGUGAGAGUGAGGCGAGUGCUGUGUUGCGUACUGUGGUUUCCGCUGUGGCUUACUUGCAUGAACAUGGGGUUGUGCAUAGAGAUUUAAAACCUUCAAAUAUGAUAUAUGCUAGUAUGAGACAGACUCCAGAAACUUUAAAGUUAUGUGAUUUAGGAUUUGCUAAACAGUUGCGGGCAGAUAAUGGUUUGCUAAUGACGCCUUGUUACACAGCAAAUUUUGUAGCGCCCGAAGUAUUAAAACGACAAGGCUAUGACUUAGCAUGUGACAUAUGGUCAUUAGGAGUUUUACUAUACAUAAUGUUAUCGGGUCGCACACCCUUUGCAUCGACACCGAAUGAUUCACCAGAUGUGAUAUUGAAGCGUAUUGGCUCAGGCCACAUUGAUUUUAGUACGACACGUUGGACCUUAGUUAAUCCACCAGUAAAAGAGUUAUUGCGACAAAUGCUGCAUAUUGUGCCUGAAAAUAGACCGACAGCGUCUCAAAUACUACAACACCCAUGGCUCCAAGAGCAGUCUAUGUCUACACUUAAGUUAACAGAAUAUGCUCUAAAUGCACAAAUGACGGGAAGCAUACAGCAGAAUACGAAUUCAGUACGUGAAGCGACAAUGGCGUUACGAGGUGCAGUCGAUGCUACUUUCCGUGCUAUUGCCAUACCACAGGCCGCAAACGUUGGACCCGUGCAAAUGUCUAUGCUAGCCAAGCGACGUGCUAAAGAUCGUGCUAAUAUGCAUUCAUAAUCGUAUGUGUAGAUGCCGCCAGAAUGGCAGCUCUUUAAAUGCAGAUGCAUGCAUUGCAACUUUACUUCUCCUAACUGACACAGAUCCAUUUUAAUCAAAGAACUGCAAAGUCUACUGUGCUAAGCGGUAAAAAAAUGCUAUGGCUUUGCAGGCUAUUGCUUGUUUUGAGCUCUAUUUCUAGGCGCUGCUUCCUACUAUCACUGAUUUGACUUCCACAUUACUACAACUUCGCGACAUUCAAACUGUUGUUGUAAUUCGUAAACAAGUUAAUUAUUUAUUAAUUUUUAGUCAGACUAAUUAUGUAUAUGUAAAGAGUACAUAAAGCUUACAUGAGAGUUACAAAUUUAAAUAAUGUAUUUUUAUUGAAACUAAAUUAAAUUGUUGAUUGUAAUGCUGAACUU